UUCUCUUCCCUUCUUUCGCCACAUCUUCAAACCCUCAAAUACCUUUUUUGAUCAUUUUUUAUUAUGGAUCAACUCAACGAUUUUCGUCGUAAUGCUUACAAAGAACGUAGUCGUUUCAAACCAGAAGAAGUGAGACGUAGAAGAGAAAACACUCAGGUUGAAAUCAGAAAGCAGAAAAAGGAAGAAAACUUGGCCAAGAGAAGAAACUUUAACAAUGCGCAACUAUUGGAUGAUUCUGAUGACGAUGAUUUAGAUGAGUUUAAUCAAGAUGUUGUGCUGGGGACAACAUUACCUGUACUCGUCAAUCAAGUUUAUUCAGCAGAGCAUAAUGACCAGCUAGAAGCUACAGCUCAAUUCAGAAAACUAUUAUCAAAAGAAAAGAACCCACCUAUCAAGGAGGUUAUUGAAUGUGGUGUUGUUCCUCGGUUUGUAGAAUUUCUUUCUUCACCAGACAGUCAAUUACAAUUUGAAGCGGCUUGGGCAUUAACAAAUAUUGCUUCAGGUUCACCUGAACAAACAAAAGCAGUUAUUGAAGCUGGUGCUGUGCCUCACUUUAUUCACCUGUUAAGUAGUCCUGUUGCGGACGUGAAGGAGCAAGCUGUAUGGGCACUUGGUAAUAUUGCUGGCGAUAGUCCACAAUGUCGUGAUUAUGUGUUAGAAUGCGGUGGACUUCCUCCUUUAUUAAGUAUUUUUGAAGUAACCGAUACUAAAUUAUCCAUGCUACGUAAUGCAACUUGGACAUUAUCCAAUCUCUGUAGAGGCAAGAACCCUCAACCGAACUGGCAAUUGGUUGCUCCUGCAUUGACAGUCUUGUCCAAGUUAAUCAUGACGACAGACGAAGAAAUAUUAAUUGAUACCUGUUGGGCCAUUUCUUACUUAUCCGAUGGUCCUAACGAACGCAUUCAAGCUGUUAUUGACUCUGGCCUUUGCAGUCGUCUUGUCGAUCUUUUGAGCCAUCCUGCCACUACUGUCCAGACACCUGCUCUUCGAUCCGUAGGCAAUAUUGUUACUGGUGACGACAACCAAACCCAAACUGUCAUUACAGCGGGAGCCUUGAGUGCCCUUUAUCAUCUUCUCAGCAGUCCCAAAGAUGCCAUUCGCAAGGAAACUUGCUGGACACUUUCCAACAUCACAGCCGGUAACACGCAACAAAUUCAAGCCGUAAUCGAGACUGGUCUCAUUAGCCCGCUCAUACAAAUCCUCGCUCAUGGAGAGAUGAAGAGCAAAAAAGAAGCCUGUUGGGCUAUCUGUAACGCUACCUCUGGUGGCCUUGACAAACCGGACCAAAUCAGAUUUUUAGUGCAACAGGGAUGCAUCAAACCCCUCUGUGAUAUUCUACAACUUCUCGAUAAUAAGAUCACCAUGGUUGCUUUGGACGGUUUGGACAAUAUAUUGAAAGUAGGCGAGAUGGAAAGACAAAACUCGAUCGAUGGCAUCAACCCUUAUGCUAUUAUGGUAGAGGAGUGUGGAGGCGUAGAAUAUAUUCAUGCUUUACAACAUCAUGAUAAUGGAGAAAUUUAUAAGAAGGCAUAUACUUUGAUUGACAAGUAUUUCAAUGGAGACGAAGAGGAUGAUGUAGAAGGCCCUGAUACAGAUAUGAUGGCUAAUGGAAAUAAUCAAUUUAUAUUCCAACAAGAACAGGCUCCUCAAGGAGGAUUCAACUUUUAGUUAUUGAAUAUUUGUUGGUAGUCUUUAUGUCGACUCCUCGUUUGCUCUUUUCUCUUUAAUAUCUACUCUUUCUUUCUUUUUUUAUAAUUCAUCAUUAUUUUUUAUAUUUUUUUUUUCCCUCUCUCCAUAUCCCAAAUGUAUUUUGCAUACACGAGAAACACUCUUUUUUAUUUGAACGAAAAUUAACAAAAAACAAAAAAACAAAAAACAAAAAGAAAGCCAAGUUCUACUGAUAAACAACCUAAUAAUACAAGCGUUGUGGGCUUUUCUUUAUUUCAUUUUUUCUUUCAGUUUAUUCCAAUUUAUUUCUUUUUCC